AGUGACAGCGGAUCGUGCGGAGCGGAUCGUGCAAAGGAGCUGGAGCCUCCACAGCGGGCACAGAUAGCGGUCUGAGCUCCGCACAAGGCAGCAGGGCUCCAGGGCGUCAAUCCCUCAGCGCCUUUAGACAUUAUUAACAUCUAAAAAUGACAGAAUUACAGAGAAAAACCUCCUGACAUCGCGGUCAAAUGCUUAUUCGUGGCGGAGUCGCUGAAUGACAUGGACGCAGGUGACAAUAAGGAUGUGAAGCUUUCUGCAGAAGUGGAGCCGUUUAUCCCACAGAAGAAGGGCCUGGAGGGGGUGGGCAUGAGUCUGUCCGGAGAGGCGGGGGGCAGCGGGGGCAGUGGGGUGGAGACCGCGCCCAUCCCGAGCUACCUCAUCACCUGUUACCCCUUUGUCCAGGAAAACCAACCCAACAGGCAACAUCCCAUGUACAAUGGAGGGGAGCUGCGCUGGCAGCAGCCAAACCCCAGUCCCGGUGGUCCGUACCUGGCCUACCCCAUUCUGUCGUCCCCUCAGCCUCCAGUGUCCAACGACUACACGUACUACCAGAUCAUGCCCGCCCCCUGCACCCCCAUGAUGGGCUUCUACCAGCCCUUCCCCGGGCCGUACCCUGGUCCCGUCCAGGCCGGAGUCGUGAACCCGGUGUCCACAGAUGUUGGUGACCGAACGCUGCCUCUGGGCCCAGCCUACGGACUGGCCAAUCAGAGAGGGAGGGGCCUGGUGCGUCCCGCUGUGCUCCCAAAGCAGCAGCCGGGGGCCUGUUCUCAGAGGGGCCGCAGACCCCCCACUCGCAGUGUGGCCGUGCAGAAGGAGGUCUGCACCGUGGGGCCCGACGGCAGGACCAAGACAGUGAUGCUCGUGGACGCAGCGCAGCAAACAGAUUUCCCCGGUGACUUGUCGGGCCGUUGUUCAGCCGAUCGCAUCAGUCCUUUGUCGUGGAAAAACAGAACGAAGCGAAGACGGCAGCCCCAAAGCGCAGAGAGCUACAGCGAGCCGGGCACUAGCGAGGCCGACAUCGACAGUGACAGCGGAUACUGCAGUCCCAAACACAACCAGCAGGGGGCCACGCAGCGCACCUCAGAGGCCGCCCCUGGGACUACAGGACAGGGCGUGGAGGCUGGUGUGAUGACAGGUGGGACGUGGGGGCGGAGUCUGUCCUCUCAGGGGACGCAGAAGUCUUGGGGCGACAGGAACGGGCCUUUUUUACGAGCGGACCAAAGGAAACCGGAGCAGAGGAACUUCUCACAGGAUUUCCACAGUGGUUUUCAGCAGAGGCCUCAGCCCCUCCAGACAGAGCAGAGGCUGCAGUCCGCUGUGGCCGCGGGCUCCGAGCUCACUCCAGAGCCACUGUACUUCCAGGAUGAAGACGAGUUUCCAGAUUUGGCGUCGGCAGGAGGUCGCAGUUCCAAACCAGAGCCUCCCUCAGCGCAGGCUCAAACCCCGCCCACAGCGCUCCCCAAAGCCCUGCUGGAUAAUCUGCCAGAAAACUCCCCCAUCAGCAUUGUACAAACUCCGAUCCCCAUCACCACCUCCGUCCCCAAACGCGCCAAGAGCCAGAGGAAGAAGGCGCUGGCUGCAGCCCUGGCAACCGCUCAGGAGUACUCCGAGAUCAGCAUGGAACAGAAGAAACUGCAGGAGGCUGUGACCAAAGCCACAGGGAAAAGGAGCAAAGCCCAGGUCCAGCUGGACAUGGACGACAUCCUGACCGCUCUGGCCAAACACCAACAGGCCAUGAAAGCUCGGCAGAUCACCAACACCAAACCACUGUCUUUUGCAGUUGGGACCACACUCCCUUAUCACAGCAUGAGUCUGAGCUUUGGGUCGGCCAUGUUGAAAACCCAACAGAACUGCACUCCCCACAAUCCCCUGGACUCCACUGCACCACGAGUGAAACGAGGGAAAGAAAGAGAGAUCCCCAAAGUCAAGAGGCCCACCGCUCUCAAAAAGAUCAUUUUGAAGGAGCGCGAGGGGAAGAAAGGAAAGAAACCGUCUGAACCAGAGUCUUCAGGUUUAGAGGAGCAAAGUGACGAGUGUCUGAACUUCACCGAUGACCUCACACAAGAACCUGCCUCACAAGAAGAGAGCGGUCUGAGCGUGCCCAGUGACACGUCUCUGUCUCCGGCCAGUCAGAACUCUCCGUACAGCAUCACGCCCGUGUCCCAGGGCAGCCCCGCCAGCUCGGGCAUCGGCAGCCCCAUGGCAUCCAACGCCAUCACCAAGAUCCACAGCCGCCGAUUCAGAGAAUAUUGUAAUCAGGUGCUGAGCAAAGAGAUCGACGAGAGUGUGACGUUGCUGCUGCAGGAGCUGGUUCACUUCCAGGAGCGGGUUUAUCAAAAGGACCCCACCAAGGCCAAGUCCAAGCGCCGUGUGGUCAUGGGGCUGCGCGAGGUCACUAAGCACAUGAAGCUUCAGAAGAUCAAAUGCGUCAUCAUUUCUCCAAACUGUGAAAAGAUCCAGGCCAAAGGAGGUCUGGACGAGGCUCUGUACAACGUGAUCGCUAUGGCCCGAGAGCAGGAGAUCCCGUUUGUGUUCGCUCUGGGCAGGAAGGCUCUGGGACGCUGCGUCAACAAACUGGUAGCGGUCAGCGUCGUCGGCAUCUUUAACUAUUCUGGAGCGGAGGCGCUGUUCAAUCGGCUCGUGGCGCUGACGGAGGAGGCGAGGAAGGCAUACAAAGACAUGGUGUCGGCUCUGGAGCAGGAGAAGGCCGAGGAGGCUCUGAAACAGGAGCGCGGGGAGAAGCGAGGACCUCACUUUAUGGGUCACUCCAGAAACCCAUCCGCCGCCUCCGCCAUCUCCUUCUGCUCCACCUUCUCCGAGCCCAUCUCCGAGGUCAACGAGAAGGAGUACGAGACAAACUGGAGGAACAUGGUGGAGCCUUCAGAUAAUCUGGAGCCAGCCGAGGCCGAGCCGCCACGUCCAUCGCCUCUGACCUCCGCACAGAAAGAGCCACAGGAAACGCACGCAAACACCAACAAUAACACCAACCCCCCUGCCCCCCCUGUGUCUACUGCCCCACACUCAGCACUGACUCCUGCAGACAAGGAGGAGGUUCGAGUGGACGAUCGGCUGGAGCUGGCCUCUCAGCAGAGCACAGAAACGGGGUCUCUGGACGGCAGCUGCAGGGGCCCUCUCAACUCCUCCAUCACCUCCACCACCUCCACGCUGGUGCCCGGGAUGCUCGAAGAGGCCGAGGAAGAGGAGGAGGAAGAGGAAGACUACACCCCGGAACCCAUCUCCGUGGAGGUGCCGACCAUUUCCAGCCGCAUCGAGAUCUGGCUGCAAGAAAACCUCCAGCUGGGAAAGAGCCAGGACAGUACCGAGGAAGAGGAUAAGGAAGAGGAGGAAGAGGAGGAGGAGGAGCAAGGACACAGCGACGAAGAGGAUUUGGACUCAGCUGAAGUCUCCGAGAAGGACGCGCCCGAGCAGGAGGCGAAGAAGGUCACAGGCUGAUGCUUCUAACAGUCCACAUGAACACACAGGGUUAAAAUAGACUACUUUAUACAUUUAACAGAUUUUUAAAAUAAAUUCAACAUUAAAUACAUCGCUUACCUUAUUUAUACUCUGCUCUGUGCUUAAAGCUGCGCUACGCAACUUUUCUGGCGGUGGGUCUGUCAUCUGUUCGUAUCCGUGGAGAUGUUUGCCUGAAAUGUUCCACAGUAUAACCUAAAACUUUAAAAGUGUUUUUAUGGCUAAAAAUCAAUAUGCAUUCUUACUGUGAUGCUCUCCUCUCCAUAGAUCUGACUCGGUGCUGUUACCUGCUUGUCUCUAUGGAAAUAUUAUUGAACAUUCCAAACAAAGAAAUAACAUCUCCAUGGAGACAAGCAGUUGGCAAACCUUCCACUGGAAAAGCUGCGUAGUGUAGCUUUAACGAUCUUGGCAAGUGUCUUAAAGUGCUUUAGAUGAAGUCCGUCGUGACUGAGGAGUCUGCCGCAGCUUCCCUGGGGCGGACUGACACAGGCGUGGCUGCCAUUCUGCGGCAACAGCCUCUCGGACCACCGACCAAAGUCACACAGACUGUAUUUAAAAAGAUACGGAAUGAGCGUGUCGACUUUGAGAUCUCGCAUUAAAAACAUAAAAAUAUAUAUAUAUAUACAGAGAGGUGGUUUUUAAGUGUCUUGCUCAAGGGCACCGCAGCAGAGGAAUUUGCUGAUAGCGGGAGUCGAACCAACAACCUUAUUUUUUGUUUUACUCAAGUCUUACUAUGAAUAACAACAAGCGCUUGCUCAGUUCUAGAAAAAGAGGAACAAACACUUAACAGUAACACUUAAUAACUACAACUAAUGUUAAUAAAGCAUGAACAAGGAGUUAAUUCACACUGAACAAAUGGUUUAUAAAGAACUGUUCAGGCAUAGAUACUAUUUCAUUAAAAACCUUGCUCAUUGUGAAUUUAAGGCAUUGUACCUGAUUUUUUUCCAAUAUAUUUGAGAUAAACAUGUCCCAGAGCAGAUGUAUUCUAUAAAAGAAACCACUUUACUGUCUGAUAAGAGGAAGUGCACGUUAGCAUGAUAGUUGUUUUUAGCGUUACCCUCAUGAAUACAUAAGGUAAGCGACGAAUAACUUCAGACCACACUCCAAACUGUUUAAAAUGAACUAGUUUUUCACGUUUUUAAGCGGUAAAAAACAGGUACAGCACCGUUAAAUCUAUCUUCAUGCUUUAUUAAUUAAGAUGUAGUUAUUAUGACGUGUAACUGAAUAAACAUUUGUAUCUUUCGUGCACUUUUUGUGUACAAUCCAUAGACUAUAUGUAUAAGUGGACAUAGCUAACCUGCUAGCCGCCGCGUUUAAGUGCGCAUCGGCUCCAUUGACUUGAAAAACUGUGUCCUCUCUCUGUACCUGCUGCUGUCAGACUCAUCAUUUUGGUCUUAAAUGUUCGUAUUAGCCUGUUCUACAUGAUCCUGGGGUUUUUAUUUCCCUACUUUGUGCGUAAAUCAAAAUAUGAACAUUAAUAACAGACAAAUCUGACGUCUUCUUUCCCCGAGGUUGCUCCCGCUAGCGUUAGCAACAAGUUUGAUUGACAACGUUGCUAUGCGCCCCCUCCCUGCUAAACCAGUGGUGCAGUAAGGGGCGUUACCUUCAACAGCCUCGCUCCUGAUUGGCUCUUUGGGAUUCUGACUGCGAGUAUCGUAGCAACCAAAUAUGUAACUCGGCUCCAAAUUAGCCGCUAUCACUGCUAGCAUCGCUGAGCUUCAUUUGACUGGAGCCGUCACUUCGUCCACUUCUUUGUACAGUCUAUGGUCCAAUAUAAACCGUUUUAUGACGUCAGAUUUGAACCUUCAUCCUCGCUGUGUGUUCAUGUGGACUCCGCCUCCGUCUCUCACCUCUCUCACUGGAACCAGCGUUUUUUUUUUUUCCUCCUUUCAUCUCUCACCUAAACUCAGGUAUCAACAGCCUCCUACCAACACCAGUAAAAGUCGACCACCUGUCCGAAUGCCUCGCUGCACUGACCGUUCGUGUAGUGUUCAAAAUGGGCCUGCGACACUUGAAUUCUGAGCUUUUUCUACUCUGAAAAUGAACUCUCCGUGAGGCAGACGUGUGUUAGGACAAGAUAUUUUGGCAUCUACGAUAUAACCUGUGUUUUAAUGAAGAUUUGGAGGAGAAUUUGAGGCGGACUGGACUCACUGAGACCGUUUACAGCUCUGCGAUAUCCGUGCUAAGUUAAGCUAACGUCGCGGGCGCAUACAUAGUUUCUUGCGUUUUUUUUGGUUUUUUUUUUGUUUUUUUGCUGUGAUUAUGAGCUUUAUAUUGUACAGAUAAUGUGUUUGUGCGUGUUGAUUUCUGACUUCUGGCUUCAUGAAGGAAAGAUGCUCAAGUUUAACCAAAUCCGCAUUGGAUUGUUUUGAAGUUUUAUUGAGAAAUUAAAAUCAAAGACUGAAUAAAAAUGGAUGGAGUGACGUUUGAGCCCUGACAGUGUAAGGGCUCGGAUUAAAAACAUGGAAUAUAACUAUAAUGGUCUGUGUAAAUGGUAUGUGUCAUCAAUAUAACUUUAUUUAAACCCUGCCGUUACAAUCUACCACUCAUAAAACAGAAUAGCAAAGAUAUUUUUACGCGUUUUAUUACAUUGGAAAUGUCAAAUUUACUGUGUAUUCUCAUCAAAAUCACACCUGGAAUUGUGUUCAGGUUGAUUUAGUUAUUAUUUUUUAUGAGGUCCUCUUGCUCUGAGCCUCUGAAAUCAUCUCUCCAUUUGGAUUUUCCAGGAUUGUUGCAUCAAAGAUAAAAAUACAAAGGUCUCUUGAACGUGUAUCUUCACCAGUUUUAGAUAAUUUAAGAUCUCAGACUGCAACUUUCAGUACAAAUUCAACACUGAAGUGAACAAAUAUUUAGAGUCUUUUUUUAUUGGAAUCCAUUUGCAAACCAAUCGUUGUAAAUUUUAAUCAAAUUUUUCAUAUUUUUUAGGUACAAGAACAACAAAAGGAAGCGACUCUGAACUUCUCAAUUAAACGCAGCAUAUCAGAUCAUUAAAAUAUAUUUGUUUUUGUUUUUUAUGGAGGCAUUAAAGAUUUGGAUUAGCAAGUUAGCAAGACGCACAUUUUAAACACAUCCAGGCGCGUUAGCGUUUGAGAGAAGACAAAAUGAGCUGCUAAGCUAAUUGCUGGGUUACACACGACGUCACAAUGUUCUAUAAAACAAUGUGUAAAACUGAUGAGGACAGCUUGAAUUUAUACUGUUAAAAUGCAGAUUUUUGUUGUAAAACAGUUCUUGGGUUUAAUCGAUAACAGAAAUGAUCAGAUUCAACAUUUGUGAAUUCACUCAAUGGGAAAAAUCUGGCUCUUGCGCCCUCAUCUGGGAAAAAGACAUCACAUUCACAAAAAUUGGGUCGAAACAGUCAGUUUGGCGUAAUAUGGGAUGUUUACGUUUUUGUUAAUCGUGAUCAUUCAAAUGCCAUUUCUCUUUGGCUCGUGUUCUCGUCACUCUGUCCAGUUCUUAUUCAGUCUUUGGCCCAUUAUUGACCUGUCAGAGUUGUAUCUGUCACUUAACCACUAUCUGUCUGCCUUGGGUGUUUUCAUGUGAUCUGUAUGAAUCUGCUAAAAGGAGCGGGACGAGCAGCAGUGUAAAUAGCCCAUUCGCGUGGCUCUGUCAUGUCGACCGGCUCAUGUUGUGUAAAAACAUUCAGGAUUUGGUCAAACCGCCUCCACUUUAAACUCUAUAUCUUUGUACUUUUAAAAAACGCAGCCCUAUUCCGAGUCACUCCUAAAGCGACGCUGCCAUUGUACUUUUUGUACUUACUACCUAUUGUAAAGGUGCGCUGUGGGACUUUUCUGAUGGACACUGCUCGUUUCCAUAGAGGUUUUAUUGCUUUGUCUGGAAUGUUCCACAGUAUGAGAUUCAUCCGUUUCCAUGGGAUAUGUAGGCUAUGACGCCAGGCGAAGUUACAGGUCAUAUCUGUGGAGAUUUGGUUCCCCGUUUACAGUGAGAAUGUGUGAUCUUUAAUAUGUGUUGGGAGGAAAUAAACGGACCUGUACGGAAAUAAAUGUUCCAUCCAUCUUCCUCCAGCGUCAGCAGGGGGCAGCGGUCUAAGCAGGGACUUCCCACACCCCAGACGCUUCCUACAGCUCCUCCAGGGUGACCUCUAGACGUUCCCUAAAGACAUAGUUCCUUCAGCGUGUCGUGGGUCAGGAGCAUCUGGAACCACCCCAGCUGCUUCUCUCCACGUGGAGCUCCUCCCCCCUCUCUCUUAAGCUCCUCCCCCUCCGCCAUCUUGUCUUUUCGGUCAUUACCAAGAGCUCAUGGCCAUAGAUUAAAAUAAAUGCUAGAUAAGUUUAAUGCCAUACUUUGGAACAUUCCCAAGAAACAAGCAGGUGUUGGACCCUCCACCACAAAAGUAUCACAAUGCACCUUUAAAGAAGUGACUAAGGAUUAUAUUGUACAUGUGUUUGCAGCAAUGGGAUUUAUUUUUUUUAAACUGGAGAAAACAUUUGGACGUUUUGAUUCAUAAAUAAAUUCUACAAAAACAGAGGCACUGAGGGCACAGGCUGGUGUAUCCAUAACAAUUUCCGAUAAUAUAAUACAACAACCAUCUAUCCGUUUUGCUCUGUAUAGGCCGUUAAAGUUCUAUUGUGUACCUUUACUGACCUCUUGUGGCUGAAAGCAAAAUUACCCCGUCUAAUAAUGAGACAAUUCUAUAAAACAUUUGAAUUUAAGAGCGCACACUAUGUCUGUUUACUUAAAAAUAUGUAUUGAAGGCCGGGUUGUGGGGUCAGCAGUCUAAGCAGGGACUUCCCUCACCCCAGACACUUCCUCCAGCCCCUCCGGUGGGACCCCAAGGCGUUCCAAGCCCUUUUACUUAAAUUAUAGUUCCCUCAGUUGCUAAAACAAAAUAAAAAAAUCACUCCCAGCAAACACACAGCUGUCUACACCCAAACUAACAUGAAAACACUGUAAAUAAACAUGUAAAAAAUAAAAAAAAUAGUUGUAUUAAAACAAAGCAAUCACAUUUUUAAAGAAGCCGUUUGAUAGAUUUUAACAUUUUGAGUUUGAAUGGGAUGUACUAAAGGCAUUUUGCAUAGUGACUUAUGUACAGAAGCACAUGCAGUAUCGGGGCUGCUGUUGGCCUGCAGUAGGGGGCGCUAUCGCAGUAUUUGUAUGUAAAGAAUAGGUACGCCGUGGCCCGCCUUCGUCACCUCCAUCAAAGUGUUGCGUAUGUUUUUGCACUAUGUGAAUACAGUCCUGGUUUAGGUCUUGUUGUAACUAAUGUGAAAAAAACAAACUAAAAAAAUGGUUCCGUAGGCCUGUCAUGACACACUUGGAAAUGGAUUUAUGCCACGAAAACUGUUCUAAAUCUGCAAUAUUGUUAAAAAACCACGAGCUGUGAGAAAUAAACCGCAGAAUGAAACACUUUAGUACUGAGUUUGUGUCUGUAAUGAGUCAUAAAUGUUAUUAAUUCAAACUUUUAUGGCUUGAAUCUGAUCAUAAAGCCAAAAAACAACCCAAAAAUAAUCCAUCUUUCACUUACUGAAUGAUGAGGUGAUAGAGUGAUGACUGUGACAGGCCUACGGUUCACUGAAGUAAUUUUCCAGCGUGAUUCUCGUCUUUAUAAAUAUUUAAAACUGUCUUACAAACUCUACAUCGCUCUAGCAACAUUGUUAAAAGCUGUUUGUUCAUAAUCUUGUAUUCACUCUAUGACUGAUGAUUAACGUCAUUAAAAUGUUGUUUAAGUAAAA